AGUUUAUCCUCCAACUUUUCCCUAGCGGAAGUUUUCAGAUAUGUCUACUGGACGGAAGGACUUCUUGAGCCAGCCAGCACCCGAGAACUAUGUUGCGGGUCUCGGUAGGGGAGCAACAGGCUUCACCACUCGCUCAGAUCUGGGACCUGCCCGAGAAGGUCCUACACCGGAACAAAUCCAAGCUGCACUCGCAAAAAGAGCACAGCUUCUUGGUACUGCACCCCCUACUGCUUACGGUGCAGGAAGAGAAAAAGGCGGAAAGGAGGAGGCAGCCGAGGAGGAGGAAGAUGAUCGUUUUCAGGACCCAGAUAACGAAGUCGGACUCUUUGCAUAUGGACAAUUUGACCAGGAAGAUGACGAAGCAGAUCGCAUCUAUAGGGAGGUAGAUGAGAAGAUGGAUAAGCGGCGGAAGGCAAGAAGGGAAGCUCGAGAGCGUCAAGAACGGGAAGAAUAUGAACGGAAGAAUCCCAAGAUUCAACAGCAAUUCGCCGACUUGAAGCGCUCGUUAGCCGCAGUUUCCGAGGACGAGUGGGCCAACCUUCCAGAAGUGGGAGACCUUACAGGCCGAAACAGACGGGCAAAACAGAAUUUACGGCAACGAUUUUAUGCCGUUCCAGAUAGCGUAAUAGCCAGCGCGAGAGACUCGACCCAGUUCGACACGACAGUCAACGAUGAUGGCACCACCACGGACAUUCGUGGCGCAGAGGGUACAGAUGGGACGAUGACAAAUUUUGCGGAUAUUGGUGCUGCUCGUGAUAAGGUUCUAAAGGUCAGGCUUGAUCAGGCUGCGAUGGGGUCGACCGCGGACUCGUCAUCAGGGAGCGCGACAAAUAUUGAUCCGAAGGGAUAUCUUACAAGUUUGACACAGUCGGAACUGAAGGCUGGGGAGGUCGAGAUAGGUGAUAUUAAACGGGUUCGUGUUUUGUUGGAAUCGGUAACGAAGACGAACCCGAAACACGCUCCCGGAUGGAUCGCGCUUGCACGUUUGGAGGAGCUAGCUGGGAGGAUUGUUGUGGCUAGGAACAUCAUCGCCAAAGGUUGUGAGCUUUGUCCGAAAAGCGAAGAUGCGUGGCUUGAAAAUAUUAGGCUUAAUGAGGGCCAUAACGCCAAAGUCAUUGCCGCAAAUGCGAUUAAGAAUAAUGACAUGUCGACCAGACUAUGGAUUGAGGCAAUGAGAUUGGAAACGGAAGUUCGAUCUAAGAAAAAUGUCUUGAGACAGGCCAUCUUGCAUAUUCCUCAAUCAGUUGCGAUUUGGAAAGAAGCUGUGAAUCUGGAAGAAGAUCCUGCCGAUGCUAGACUUCUACUCGCGAAGGCAGUUGAAAUGAUCCCACUGUCCGUUGAACUAUGGCUUGCUCUAGCCCGUCUUGAAACUCCAGAGAACGCACAGAAAGUUCUUAACGCUGCCCGCAAAGCUGUUCCUACUAGCUAUGAGGUGUGGAUUGCUGCUGCGCGACUACAGGAGCAGAUGGGUAUCUCUGACAGAGUCAACCUCAUGAUGAAGAGGGCUGUCCAAUCCCUCGCAAGAGAAAAUGCCAUGCUGAAGAGGGAGGAAUGGAUAGCAGAAGCAGAGAAGUGCGAAGAGGAAGGGGCAAUUCUCAGCUGCGGCGCUAUUAUUCGUGAGACUCUUGGCUGGGGUCUGGAUGAGGAUGAUGAUCGGAAGGACAUAUGGAUGGAUGAUGCGAAGGCCAGUAUUACAAGAGGCAAGUACGAGACAGCAAGGGCAAUCUAUGCUUAUGCACUACGUGUCUUCGUGAACCGCCGAUCCAUAUGGCUUGCAGCAGCCGACCUCGAACGCAACCACGGAAGUAAGGAAGCAUUAUGGCAAGUUCUCGAGAAAGCAGUAGAGGCCUGUCCCCAGAGUGAGGACCUGUGGCUGCAGCUCGCAAAGGAAAAAUGGCAGAUUGGGGAGAUUGAUGAUGCUAGACGUGUCCUUGGUCGUGCAUUCAAUCAGAAUCCAAACAACGAGGAUAUCUGGCUCGCUGCAGUCAAACUGGAGGCCGAUGCAAACCAGGAAGACCAAGCUAGAGAGCUACUUGCAACCGCUCGCCGCGAAGCUGGAACAGAUCGCGUUUGGAUCAAAAGUGUUUCCUUUGAGCGUCAACUGGGCAACAGUGAUGAAGCCCUAGACCUUGUGAACCAAGGUCUGCAGCUCUACCCGAAAGCUGAUAAGCUUUGGAUGAUGAAGGGCCAGAUUUACGAGGCACAGAAAAAGUACCCGCAGGCACGAGAGGCAUAUGGAACGGGCACCAGAGCCUGCCCAAAAUCAGUCCCUCUUUGGUUGUUAGCAUCCAGGUUAGAAGAACAACUUGGUGCUGUAGUUAGGGCACGAUCCGUACUUGAUCGGGCCCGUCUCGCUGUUCCCAAGAGUCCCGAGCUUUGGACCGAAAGUAUCCGGGUUGAACGACGGGCGAACAACAUCUCACAAGCGAAAGUUUUGAUGGCCAGGGCUAUUCAAGAAGUUCCAACCUCGGGCUUACUGUGGAGCGAAAGCAUCUGGCACCUGGAGCCGCGGUCGCAGCGAAAGGCACGUAGUUUAGAGGCGAUAAAGAGAGUGGACAACGACCCCAUUCUUUUCGUUACAGUGGCACGGAUUUUCUGGGGCGAGCGCCGCCUUGAGAAGGCCAUGACAUGGUUUGAGAAGGCUAUUGUCGCCAACAGUGAUCUUGGUGAUGCUUGGGCAUGGUACUAUAAGUUUCUGUUACAACAUGGCACGGAGGAAAAACGAGCCGAUGUUUUGGCAAAGUGUGUCGUUACCGAACCUAAGCAUGGUGAGGCCUGGCAGUCGGUCGCAAAAAAUCCAGCCAACGCGCGUAAGUCGACUGAGGAGUUACUCAAACUCGUCGCGGACAGUCUUACUCAGUAGGACCUCUACAUAUGUUUGACCAAUACACUUCCAUCCGCCUUUUUUGUUGAUUAUUGUUAUCUUUCUUGGCGGCUUAUAAUGAUACUCCGGUGGCUUCUGGCGUUUAGAGCGGUGGGUGUACAAUUAACCAGCAACAAAUCCCUUAUUCUUUCAAGAGAGGCAGACAGGGCAGACAAUGCUAUAUCCAGUUGAAUGAAUAAAGACAAUACAUCAGUUCUGCUGUGUGUGUGUGUGUGUGUGUGUGUGUGGAAUCAGCUACGCACGGUCCUCUUUUUAAAGUUGUGUGGCAUUCAUCAAUGGAAUAUGAGUAUCUGUCAGUACCUAUACAUUCCAUUCCAUUCCAUGGGGAAGCAAGAGUUAUCAUAAAAUAACCCAUGUACCCAUGUAAUAGCCAGCCCGGAUGAAAAUGCAAACAUCAGUUGUAUUGUAGCAUGCAAAGAAAGCUAUAAUAAUAUCAAAGACGAAUCAUGGGUAUCGAAAGGUACUCUCCUUUCACUUGGAAACAAUCUUCUUCCCCAGCCCCUUUAAUUCCCUCUUUUUCUUCCCUUUGAAGUGAUUGUCCUGUUACUCAACUUCCUUUUCUUUUUUUCCCGUUUUAUGUCCAUGAAGUAUGGCCCUCUCAUAAUAGAUGAAGUUGAAGUGCGCUGGGGAGAAGGGGUCCUUGAAAGAAGAUGACAAGUGAAAGCAAAAACCAAAAAAAAAGAAAGAAAAAAAGAAAAAAGAAAAAUUUGAAACUCCAAACCAAAUGCUAGUUGCCUCAGAGCUGUAACAGCUGCCUUCAUGAAUAGCCCCAAGACGCCAAUUUCCCCC